UUACAUUACAUGGGAUGGGAUUUCAUUUUUACAGACUUUACACAAAGUCUCACUCUCAUGCUCCUCUUUCUCCCUCUCAUGGCCGUUGAUCUCCCAUUCUCUUGCUCUCCUCCAUCUCACUUGUUGUCGAAGCCGGUGCUACUCUGACGAGGAGGCUCUAUCGCAUUGAUUGUGUGAUGCUAUUCCGGCAACGGUCUGUUAGUCUCGUCUUCCAUUCUGGUCUCUACCAUAAAAUCUGGGGUGGUGUUCCCACUAAAGGGCAAGUGGCUAAGUGCUUGGCCCAGAUAUGGCUUCAGCUGCAUUCAUUUACUCUCCCUGUAAUAGGGUUUGUUGCUCAACUUCUGGGCAAGGAUGUACCCGUUGUCUUAUUCUGAUCGAGUGAAGGUUAAAAAGGCCCUUAGAGGAGUGAAAGUUGAGGCAACCCACAGAGGGAAUGUAUGGAGAAAAUACUGUGUUUCAGGAUUGAUAUCUCAACCUACCAGCGAGCUAGCGUGAGUUUCAACUCUCUCUCUGAGUUUCUUGUUAAUGAAGAAUUAUUGAAGAAAUUAUUAGAGGCAAUUUAGUAGCUACAAUGAAAUUGCAACAAAAAGGCAUACUUGUAAUUUUCCUUUUUCUGAGGAAAUGGAAGAUUUUAAUUUGUAGUGGUAAUCUAUUCAGGUUUCCCAUAGAUGACAACUCAACAAUGAAGUCAGUUUGUCAAAUACUUCCAGGAGAUGUAUGGCUUCACCAUUCAGCACACACAUUUACUUUGCUAGUAGACAUGUAUUUGAGGUUAAUUAGCCAUCAAAUGUGAAAUCAUAUAUUUUUAUUCAUUACAUGGAUUGGUUGCUUAAGACCCUUUUCUUGAUUUUUUUCCCCCAAAUGUUUCAAUGCUGCCUCACAUGCUUUCACAUUUUUAUUUUGUUGUGCAGGGUUGGUUCUUGUUCUAUACUUGUUGAGCUUAAACAAAAUUGUCAAGAGCCA